ACCCCGUGACUGCGACGGGCGCACCUUCAGGCUGCUUCCCCGCACUUCCAGUCCCAGCUUUCCCCAGCUUCCCGUCCUUUCCUCUACUCGUCUUCUCUUUCUCCUCUCUUCCAUUGGUGUUUCAAUUCCUCAUCUCCUCUCAGCUUUCGACCCGUGAACGUGAUCCGACCGUUAACACGGACUUUUUCUUCUCCGCUUGACCAAUCCCUCGAAGUUCACUGGUAGUUGCUGCCACCGCGACAAUCUCGCUCCUCUCUUCUGCAGCAGCCUUUCCAUCCUAGCCGUCUGGUCAGACCAUCGACUUCACCCCUGUUGCUUGUGUCGCCCUCGUUGCUGCUCCUCAUUUCCCCUCCCUGUGCAAAAACCUUCCUACACCCCCCUUUUAACUGUUGUCAAUAUACUGCUCCUGCAAUUGCUUUUUCUACUUUGUCGCUCGUCCUUUUUGAAGCCACGAUCCUGAGAUCGCCUGGUUUGUUACGAUAGUCGCCUUUUACAUCCAUCCCUUUGCAAAUCUGUCUUCUUUUUUUCUGUACCUUCUCUCUCCUCGGGCGUUGAAUCAUUGAAAUACGACCCCCUGUGUACGAUUACCUACGAUGUUUCUAGCACGCAUUGCCCGACCGGCGUCCUCGCUGGUUCGACCCUUCACCACCUCUGCCACUGCCUAUCGCUCACCCUCCAUUCGUGACCUAACCCCCGACUCGGCGGAAGAAUUUAGUGCGCGUCAGAAGGAGUUUCGCGAGAACUUGGAGGCCGCUCGCAAGCAGCGAGAACAGCAAGAGAGUCAGUCUGUCGAUGCUUCUGCUUCUGAUUCUACCUCAUCCCCUACCUCCCGUGAUCGCUUUCGUGAGUUCGCCACCGCUCCCACUGCUCCGCUUGCGAGCAAUGCGAGCCGUAAAAAUGGCCGUGCUGUAUUUGAUGCCGCCGACACUCUUGACAAACAGGGAUUGGGCUCACUUUCUUCCCACCGUUCUCUAGGAGACGAACAAGUGCUGGAUUCCUCGCAGUCUCCCAAGCGCGGGCCUUUGUCCUCUCUGAUAUACGGAACGAAGGAAGGCCAGCAGUUGGAUAAGGACAUCGAGCGGUCGUUUUCGCAGGUCCUCGCUCGCGGCAAAUACGUCCACUCCAUCGUUUUCCACGAGGUGAAGCCCGACAAAGUUGACGAAUAUGUCGACCUCGUGGGCCAGUGGUAUCCCCGGAUGGCCGGCACCGAGGAAAACAGGGUGAACCUGGUCGGAAGUUGGCGUACGCAAGUGGGCGACAACGACACUUUUGUCCACAUCUGGGAAUAUCAGCGAUACGAAGGAUACCAUGCCUCCCUUCACAAUAUUUCCUGCCACCCCGAGUUUCCCGAGUUCGAUCGGAAGCUGAAGAGCUUGAUCAAAAGCAAGAAGACUUCGCUGAUGCAGGAGUUCUCCUUCUGGCCCACCACUCCACCCCGUCGUCUGGGCGGGCUGUUCGAACUGCGCUCCUACACUCUGCACCCCGGAAACCUGCUCGAAUGGGAGACGCACUGGCGUCGUGGCCUCAAGGCUCGCCGCGAAGUCAUGGAAGGCGUCGGAGCAUGGUUUGUCCAGAUCGGGGACUUGAACACGGUGCACCAUCUCUGGCAAUUUGCCAAUCUGGAGGAGCGCAAGAUUCGCCGGGAACAGUCGUGGGGCAUUGAAGGCUGGGCGGAAACCGUGCACAAGACCGUGCCUCUUAUCCAGACAAUGCAAAGCCGCAUCUUGGUCCCCAUGCCCUGGAGCCCCGUGGGAUAAGCGAACCAAGUCUGUCCGAUGCUGUAUCGAUCUGUGGUCACACGUCAGAUCCUCCAGCCGUGCCAGCCAGUCAGACACGGCUAAAAACCAGCAAGCUUAGGGCAUCCUAGCGCCAGGCCAGAAUGAAUGAGGCAUGCGGACUAGCAUGGGAACCAGAAGACAUUUUGCCGGCACGAACGAAUGUGACGGGAAAAAGGUUUCGAUCGGACUUCCGUUGAGGGUCUUCCUAGUUCCUAUUCAGCCGUGUAGGGCUCUUAGCGCAUCAGAUCUAGCAUUUAGCAUUGAUAUUGUCUCAUAUGUCUAUCCCUGUAUCUAGAAAUUAAAUUGACACUAUUGCGGAAAAGCUUACCCCUCUUUUUGCACGGUGCCUCUCGUAACUCUGUUUUUCUUAGCAUCGUC